AUCUCCAAUAAUAAAAGGAGCGGUUCCAAUUGGUCCGUGCAUUCCCAUGAAGGCGAUGAUUCACUAAUGGAGGGGUUGGCUUAUCCACCAGCUGCAACGCCGCUCUCGAGCCUGCCCCAUCUCACUUGAUGACCUAAUUGGCGAGCAGGUCAACUAUGGAACAGUCACCUUGGCGUCUUCGGUUCACCUGGCACUUUUGACACGACCUCAUUGUUCCCGUACGAGUUCUGCUGAGUCCUGCACGGAUCGCCAUCAGGAUCUAGCCGCACUUUAGGACGCGGAAAAAAACGAAACUUCUGCCGGUCCUUCUGGGUGUCAAGUUUACGCACAAGAUGAGUGUCAAGUCUGACUCCGAGCCAAACAACAACGUCUCUAUUGAAGAAGAGGUACGAACUCUAUUUGUCAGUGGUCUGCCGACAGAUAUCAAACCUCGUGAGCUCUAUCUGCUAUUUCGACCAUUUAAGGGUUAUGAGGGUUCACUUAUCAAGUUAACAUCAAAGCAGCCUGUUGGGUUUGUAACCUUUGAUAGUCGUUCUGGCGCUGAAGUGGCAAAAAAUGCAUUAAAUGGUGUUCGAUUUGACCCUGAAAACCCGCAGACCCUCCGGUUAGAGUUUGCUAAGGCCAACACGAAGAUGGCAAAGAGUAAGCUGAUGGGCACUCCGAAUCCCACACAUAUCCACCCAGCUCUAGGAGCGCACUUCAUAGCACGGGACCCAUGUAAGUUUAUGGCCGACACGGUAGUUCACACACUGCAGAGACAGACAGGCACACACACUCUGUAGCUACACAUCUAGAGU